AUGCCUGAAUUCAUUGUUCACACAAAUAUAAGCAAGGAUAGAGUUCCAGAGUCUUUCCUAGGGGAUCUCACCCAGCAGUUAUCAAAAGCAAUGGGUAUAUCCGCACAGCAUCUGGAAAUACAGAUCUCUCCUGAUCAACUGCUGUCCUUUGGUGGCUCUGCAGCCCCCUGUCCUAUCUGCUUUCUCUACAGCAUUGGCAAGCUAGGGGAGCAGGAGAACAAGGUCGACUCCAAGCUGCUUUGUGACCUGUUGAACAAACAGGUGGAAAUACUGCCUGACAGAAUUUAUGUCAGCUUCUUCGACAUCAAUGCUGGCAAUGUAGGCUGGAACAACACCACCUUGGCCUGA